ACAUCGGACCAAGUGGAAAUCAGACCACCCUCUCUUGAUCGCGAACCGAGCCAUGCUUAAAACGAAAGAGAAACGGACCUACUCUUCUUCCACAGAAAAAAACAUUAUAGACAACGAGCGCACGCUAAUCCAUUCUCUGAUCAUUGCUCUACUCUAUCCAUCAUCACCAGAUACAUUCGAUUGGUCAACUCAUUAUCCUGGUUUAAAAGGAACACCAGCAUUUGCAGAUAUAGGAUGUGGUUUCGGUGGUUUCCUCAUCACUCUCGCCCCUCUAUUCCCUGAUACACUCAUGCUUGGUCAGUCUCGAAAUUUCGUGUUCAAGUCACACAAUACGUCCACGAUCGAUCACCGCACUCCGCCGCCACUUCCACCCCAUAUUCAAAAUGUAUCUGUCCUCCGCGCAAACGCCAUGAAAUUCCUACCAAACUUCUUUCCAAAAGCUUCCCUCACAGCUCUCUUCUUCCUUUUCCCAGAUCCUCACUUCAAAGCACGCAAACACAAGGCUCGCAUCAUCUCACCCACCCUUCUUGCAGAAUACGCAUACGUCCUCGCUCCAGGUGGAAUCGUCUAUACAAUCACAGAUUUUGUCGAGGAGCAAGAGCUAAGGAAUGAAGGAAAGGGUCCCAUCUUGGAUGCCGUAUAUGGUGCAACGGAAGAAGGGAAGAAGGUAGAACGCAAUGCUGGCGAGAAAUGGCUAGCAUGCUUCAGACGCAUCGAAGUGAAGAGGCAGACAUAA